AUGGAGCUAAUUGUCACUGCAAAGAGGCCAAUUUCAGCAUUAGCGCAAACCAUGGUGGCAACCGUUGGCGCCACUGCCAGCCGCUCGGAUGAGGAAGCUUUGUGCAAAAAUCAUCAGGAUGUGUGCUGGUUCGAGGUCAUCGACCACUGCCAUCAUCAUCAUCACCGUCAUCAUCUUCAGUUUGCAUACUUAAUUAUUGCCGCAGGCGAAGUGGAGCAUCUGGAUUCUUAA